AUGGCACGACGUCGCGUCAUGCUGCCCCUCCUCGUCGUCGCCCUGCUCACCAUCGCCGUCGCGGCGGCGUCGGCGUCGGCCUACGCACGCGCCGCCGCCGUCGCUGAUGGCGGCGUCGAAGUUGGCACGACGAUGGCGACGAUGAUGAGGCGGGCACUGGCCGACCUGAACGCCACCGCCGACGCCGGCAACGCGACGGCGGCGGCGAACGCGACGACCGGGUACAUCAGCUACGACGCGCUGUUCGCCGACCGCGUGCCGUGCUCGCUGCGCGGCGCGUCGUACUACAACUGCCACCCCGGCGCGGAGGCCAACCCCUACACCCGCGGCUGCUCCGCCAUCACGCAGUGCCGCAGCUAG